ACCAACAGUUGACGUAGUGCGGUGAACGACGCAUUUACUCCCGCGGCAUCGACGUUCCCGAGGCAUUUUAAAGCAAAAUAAUUGAAGGAGAGAGUGUGUAGCGAUUACCCCACAGCAGAUAACGUGUAUUGCCCAGGGAUAGAAACUGAAACAUUUAAUAUAAGAAGAAGUGUCAGUAGUGAGGUCUUGUGUAGUGAAAGCAAGAUGAUCUAAAUGAGGCAGUGACAAGUGGCCGAGGAGACGACGAGCUCGCCAGUCAGUGUGCGCCUGACUUCAGGAGGGAGAGGGUGUGAUCUGCUCCCUGCUUCCAUACGUCACUGAACUGGCUGGUUUAAUUCAAUCGUCGGCCAUAAUUUGUGUACUUAAUUGAAUGCACCAGUAAAUACUUUUUUAAACAAGAAAACUCAGAAAUUUAGUAUCUUUACGAAUCGGUGCCACAGACAUCGAUAGCUGCAGGCAGCAUCGAAGGGCCGGGCUUUAUUUACUGUUUCGUUCAGCAGUGUUGUGGCCUCGUUGAAGGCAGUCAUGAACCUAAAACGCUUCAACAUGUUCAGCAUGGAGAACAAGAUGAUCGGGUGGCUGCGACAUGUCCUCACUGCCAUCUCUGUCUUACUAUUCCUGGUGGGGUGCUUGAUGCUAGGCUACAUGGCGUGGGUCCUCGCCACCUCCAUCACUGUCACUCUCUUCCUCUCGGGCACCUUGAUCUUCACCUACAGUGUGCUAGGCGUAGGCUUAAUCUUCUUCAUCACUGGUCUGGUGGGCUGGGUGGCCGGCGCCUCCGAGGUGCUCUGUGUACUCAGGCUGCGUUUGUUUCAGUACUUGGCAUUGCUCAUCUUGGCAGUAUCGGCAGAAAUUGGUGGAAUCGUCGCUCUCAACCUCCUACAGCUCAGGCUGGACGACAUCCUGAUCAAUGGGUGGGCCGAGGUUAACCAGGGAACUCGCAAUAUUGUCCAGAAUAAUUUCAACUGUUGUGGAUUUUACGGACCGAAGGAGUUCGCCUACACCAACUACCCAAUAAGCAACUCUUGUUACAACACCAUUCAGGAGGUCAAUAAGGAAACCUUCACAAAUGCUCAACAACUCAAGCAGAGUGGAUGUGGUGCACCGCUAAAAUUUUGGCUCGAUGAUAACAAAGCCAUCUGGUGUUCCAUUCUUGCUGCUUUGGGUGGACUCCAGCUAAUGUGCAUUGUUCUCUGCAUUCACAUCAUUCAUAAACUUAAAGAUAAGGCUGGGUAUAAGCGAGCGUCUGAUAAGCGACGUCUUCAUGAUGAGAAAGGAGCAUAUUCUCUGUGAGCCGUAGACCACCAUGAACUUAUAUGGUGACCUGGAGGAUUUAUACAUCCCAUCUCCUCGUUUAACUAGUUGAACAUCAUCUUGGUUGCCUAGUUGUGUUGCCCUUUAAAAUUAUUUAAAGCUGGAUACAUAAUAAUUUUGGAAUACUACAGUAAUAAUUUUUAUAAUGAAAACCUGUGGAAAAAGAAUUCUCAUUUUGACACCAUUUUUAAGUUCAUCUGUUUGUUUAGCACCCAUUUGCUCAAGGUUUUUUAUCUUUAGGAUUUAUACAGUGGAGACUGUGCCAUAUAUCAGUAGAAUUUUUUUUUCUUUAAAUUGCCACAGUUCCAAUCAUUCAGAUCACUGUAUAAGAUCAUGGUAAGCCUAUGAAGGCUGGUCUUUAACAGCUGUUCAGUUCAAUUAACUUGAACAAUAAGUUACCGAACAUGAAAAACUCUCUUAACAUUUCCUGUACUGAUGCAUUUUUUUUUAAAUAUACUUGCUUCCACACACUGAUUAUUUCUGCACAGUAAACAUAUUUUCAUUACUGUUGCCAUUAAUAUAAAGGUAAAGUACAAUAGUUAAAACACAUUAAUUGUUUAAACUUAAGGUUGAGGUAAAGAUACAGUUUUGGAUUAACCUUUUGUCCAGUCUUUAUAAGUGGUAUGCACCACAUUAUUUCCUGCAGGGAGACAAAUCAAUGACUGUAGACACUUCAGUUACUGCUCAGCUCUGCACAUUCUGGCAGUGAAGACGCAAUAGCAAUACCGAAAAACAGUUUUUGUUAACAGUUGAAUUAGGUUAAAAUAUAAAUAAAAUUUGUCUUUACCAAUUUGAUUUGGACAUUAAUGUACAAAGAGUGAAGGUGUUACAAUAGGCAAGAUAAUUUUGGUAGGUUGCCUACCUUGGUUGCUGGAGCUGACGUUGACCAAACCACACACUAGAAAUUGAAGAGACAACGACAUUUCAGUCCGUCCUAGACCGAAACGAUGAUGGUCAUCAUCUGCUGGAGCUGACAAUUCAGAAGCAAGUGUGAUAUAGCAAUAUUUGUAAGAUGGAUUCAGAAUGAAAAUGUUAAAUUUUAAAAGCAAUUACAGAGGGUUGAAUGUUAUACAGAUCUAUGACUUUAACAACUUUAGUCCAUUUAAAAGCUUUGUACAUACAGUAUAUUUUAUCUUUUCAUGGCAAUAAUUAUAACCAAUUGAUUUACUUUCUAUGACUUGGUAUUUUAUAAAGUGCAACUUUUAAAUACAGUACUAAGUAAGCUCUUGCUCAGUAUAAAUUCACUGUUAACAUUAAUUGUAACCUGUAUAAACUUGUAUUAAACACCAAAAUUCAAUCUUCACGAGGAUGAGAUUAACCAUAUGCAAGAUUUGUAAAACCUCCAAAUACAUACCAUGAUCUGACCUUAUGAUACUUCGGUUACUUUUACUCUUGUAUUACAUUCUUGCAUCGUGGCAACUCUCAAGCAUUCUACACUGAAUUUUGUAUCACUACUACAUAUUUGUGGUUAGAAAGUGGCAGGAGUAUUUAAUAAUAAUAUUCGGUAGGUGCUUCAAAGAGAAAGUGGAAAAUAUAUUUUUUGCAAGUCUUUAAAUAGGUAAAACAGGGGGUUACAUUUCAAUGAUAUAACUGAACAAGUUUUUUCCAAAUGAAUCCCUCCUUUGGAGGGGGGCCAGCUGUACUGUAACUCAAUAUGGUUUACCUGUCUGCUAGUUAAAACAAAUUCAUCAAAUAUAAUGGUUACAAAAAUAUUAGCAAAGCAUUUAGUGUGCAUUUCCAAACAUCAUGGUAUAUAGUGUAUUGUUCCAAUUAUGAUAUAGCUUAUGUUUCAAUCAUGGUGGAUACAGUGUGGGGUUCCUAUCAUCAUAGUGUCGAGUAAGUGUGCUAUAUAUCACAAAUGCAUGAAUUAUGCAAGGUCAUUAGUUGCCAAUAGAUGCUGGUACAGUAUUUUCAAUGCUUGCCACUAAGCCUCUUGACUAACUCGCCCUACUUGCUAAUGUAUAUAAUGACGUAAAAUAAUCUAAAAUGUUUUAUGAUGGUUACUUUUUGUUAUUCUUGUAUAUUACCUACCUAGGAAUCCAGAGCUAGAAGCCUUUAAUUACUACACACAUUAAACUGUGUCAAACAUAAUGAACUUUGUUGAAUUGUAAAAUUUGUUUUCUCAAAUUUAAUAGGCUAGUUUGCCUUGUCAUUCUUGUUCUUGAUUAGUACAAUAUUUAAAGUUUAAGACAAAUACUUUUAGAGUAUUACUUGUAAUUUCAGCCAUUAUUGAUAUACAU